AUCUAACAUAGAAACCCAUAAAGAAAACAACAAUUACCAACCCUAAAGUCAGAUCAAAUAGAGGUUGACUUGACCCAUAGACCUAAACACUAAACCGAUAAAAACCGGAAUCUAAACCGGACAAUCUGAUCACCUUUCUUUUAUAAUCAAACCAUAAAUAACAAAGGACACCCACAAAAUGCCAAUCUCUCUUCUCUAUCCUCUCAUCUCUGCGCGCAUGAUCGCAUUAGUGUUCCACUAUACAUCCCCCCGUGACUCUGGUCUCUGACUGUAAUCCAUCUCUCUCCAUUUUAAAAAAAAAUUAAUUUCCGUUUUUAUCAGUUUCAUUUAAUUCAUUUCCAUAUAUAUAUAUACACACAUCAUUCUCUAAUGGCAUAUUCGAACCUACUCCAUUAUAAACCUCCCAACCCGCUACUUCUGUCUCUUAAUCAUCACCAUGUCUUCAACUCUCAUCCUUCUCUUCUCUCUCUCCCUCUUAACCUCUCCCUCUUCCUCCUUCCGUCACCACCAUCACCACCACCACCACUCUCCUCCGCUCAACCCAUCCUCCUCCACCGCCUCUCAGAUCCGUCUCGCCUGCAACGCAACUCGUUACCCAGACCAAUGCCUCUCUUCCCUCUCCCAACCAGGUCUUGUCCCUCCUGAUCCCAACCCAACCCAGAUCAUCCACUCAGCGAUCUCCCUCUCUUACCAAACCCUCGUAACAGCUCAGUCCAAAGUGAAGUCCAUCCUAGACUCCUCCGUAGGGAAUCUAAACCGCACAAACGCAGCCAACACGUGCCUCCAGAUACUCUCCUACUCCAAACACCGCACCUUAUCGACGGAUCACGCCCUGACACGUGGUAAAAUCAAAGACGCGCGCGCUUGGAUGAGCGCUGCUCUCGUCUACCAAUACGACUCGUGGUCAUCUCUCAAAUACGUCAACGACACGGCGCAAGUCGGUGAAACGAUGUCGUUUCUAGACGGACUCAUCCACGUCACGAGUAACGCGCUUAGCAUGAUGGUAUCGUACGAUAACUUCGGGGACGAGUUAGCGUCGUGGACUCCACCAGCGACGGAGCGUGACGGGUUUUGGGAGAAGAUUGGGCCGGGUAUGGGCUCGGAUCCGGGUGCUUUGGGUUUCCCUUCCGGUUUGAAAGAAGACGUUACGGUCUGUAAAACCGGAGAGUGCGGUUACAAGACCGUGCAGGACGCCGUUAACGCGGCGCCUGAAAAUAACGGAGUGGGGAAGUUUGUUAUAAAGAUUAGUGAAGGAGUGUAUGAGGAGACCGUUAGGGUUCCGUUUGAGAAGAAGAACGUCGUCUUCGUAGGAGACGGUAUGGGCAAAACGGUCAUUACUGGAUCAUUGAACGUUGGGAUGCCUGGGAUGACAACGUACAACUCUGCAACUGUCGGAGUGAUAGGAGAUGGAUUCAUGGCUCGUGAUAUAACAUUCCAAAACACGGCGGGACCAGACGCACACCAAGCGGUUGCGUUUAGAUCCGACAGCGACUUUUCUCUGCUCGAGAACUGUGAGUUUCUUGGAAACCAAGACACACUCUACGCACAUGGACUUCGUCAAUUCUACAAAAGUUGCCGUAUCCAAGGGAACGUUGACUUUAUCUUUGGAAACUCAGCUUCAGUCUUCCAAGACUGUGAGAUUCUCAUCUCACCGCGUCAACUUAACCCCGAGAAGGGUGAGAAAAACGCUGUCACUGCUCACGGAAGAAUUGACCCGUCGCAGUCAACGGGGUUCGUGUUCUUGAAUUGUUUGAUAAACGGAACGGAGGAGUAUAUGAAGUUGUAUAAAGCUAACCCUAAGGUGCAUAAGAAUUUUUUGGGGAGGCCGUGGAAAGAUUAUUCGAGGACUGUUUUUAUUGGUUGUAAUAUGGAGGCUUUGGUAACUCCUGAUGGUUGGUUACCGUGGAGUGGAGAUUUUGCUCUUCAGACGUUGUAUUAUGGAGAGUCUAAGAACACGGGUUUGGGAUCAGAUAGGUCACAGAGGGUUUCGUGGAGCAGUGAGAUACCAGAGGAGCAUGUGAAUGUGUACUCGGUUGCUAACUUUAUUCAAGCUGAUGAGUGGGCUGUGAUGUCUAGUUGA